ACAUCAAGUUCUCAUUAUUCAAUCUUUAAUUAGAAGGUACAAAUUUGUUGUGGAGAUAUAUGGCUGCUGUAACUUCAGUUAGCGCAGGCUCAUCUCUACAGCACCGAUUUCAUAGUAGUUGUUAUUCAAGUGCCAAAGAAUCUGUGACAUAUGGCUUAGCUAAAACAGUAAGCACAAGAUUCUCACUGAGCCUCAGAAUAAAAAAUGCAGCAACCAAACCUGCAAAAUCACCAGCUGAAGAAGAGUGGUCAACUAAACGGGCAUAUCUGCUUGAGAAAAGGGUGAGGAGUGUAGAGCCAAAGGAAGCGCUGAGACUUCAGAAAGAGAACAAUUUUGUGAUUCUUGACGUACGACCAGAGGCGGAGUUCAAAGAGGCUCAUCCAGAAGGAGCUAUUAAUGUCCAGAUAUACAGGCUAAUAAAGGAAUGGACAGCAUGGGACAUUGCUAGACGCCUUGCUUUUGCCUUUUUUGGCAUAUUUUCUGGAACUGAAGAAAACCCCCAAUUCAUACAAAUGGUUGAAUCUAAAAUAAACAAGGAUGCAAAGAUAAUAGUGGCUUGCUCAUCUGGGGGUACAAUGAAGCCUACCCAAAAUCUUCCCGAGGGCCAACAGUCAAGGUCACUUAUUGCUGCAUAUUUGCUAAUUCUGAAUGGUUAUACUAACGUAUUUCAUUUGGAGGGAGGGCUCUAUAACUGGUUCAAACAAGAAUUACCAGCAGUUUCUGAAGAGUGAAGUUUCGGUUAACUUGCUGCACCAAUUUCCUAAUUUGUACAGAGAAACAAGGCGUUAGAUAUCGAACCCUCCAUUAAUUUUGCUUAUCAAGUUUGAGAGUUUAAAGCGUUCCAUUGA